UAAGCAAUUAUCUAAAAAUUGUUUAAACUACAAUCAUUUCUAUUAAUAGAUUACGUGGGGGAGGAUGAGGGAACGACGCAGAGGAAAAAGAGUAAAGUGGCCAAUUUCCUCAAAGCUGCCAGAAAACUCUUUAGGAUGUCCUGCUUUGGCCAGACUGAGAAGCAGUUCUCUGUCUCUGCAGACUCUGAUAAUGACAUUCUGUGCCCAUCUGAGUCUGACCAGAGUCUGGAGGUUCCUCUUGUCAUCAUUCAUAAUGAAGCGAGUUGUGUGAAUGACAAAAUAAAGGUGGAUGAGAAAGAUGACAUGAAUACACAGAACACAGAGCAUGUCAACAAAGAGGAGGAAGUGGAGGAGAUGAGGAUAAAUGAUGAGAAGGACAAGGAGGAAAAGAUUAAGAACAGGAGAAGGAGAAAGAGAAAUAGCCAGAUGAAGGAGGAGGAGGAAAAGAAACAGGAGGAGGUGGUGAAAGAAGAGAUGAAGAUAAAAGAGGAGAGUUUAAAAGAAAAUGAAGAGGAGGAAGAGGUGGAUAAGAAUGAUAAAGAGAUGAAGAUGAAAGAAAAUGAGGAGGAGGAAAAGGAAAAUAUGAAAAUGAGAAUGAGGAGGACGAGAAAAAUAAAUAGCAGAAUAAAAGAGGAGAAGAAGGAGGAGAAGUAG